AUGCCUUUGCUACAGGGCCCUCUGUGCCUUGUCGGUCUGCUCUUCUGGGGGAGUCAGAAGGUGGAUGCUCUGGUGCUUCCUAAUGCCACUCUGGCACUGACCCAGCCUGGAGCCAUGCAUUCUGGGCUGGCCCUAGGUCUGCCCAUGCCCAGGACCCGAAGGAAGCGCCAUAUCUCGGCCCGGGACAUGAAUGCACUCCUGGACUAUCACAACCGUAUCCGGGCACGGGUGUACCCACCUGCCGCCAACAUGGAGUACAUGGUCUGGGAUGAGCGGCUAGCCAGAUCAGCUGAAGCCUGGGCUGCACGAUGCAUCUGGGAACAUGGGCCCCCGCCGCUGAUGAAGUUCUUGGGCCAGAACCUCUCCGUUCAUUCUGGCCGGUACCGAUCAGUUGUGGAUCUAGUAAAGUCUUGGUCAGAAGAAAAGCAACACUAUUCAUUUCCCAACCCAACAGAGUGCAGCCCCCGUUGUCCUUGGCACUGUAGUGGGCCUGUGUGCACCCACUAUACUCAGAUGGUGUGGGCAUCCUCCAAUCGGCUGGGUUGUGCUCUUCACACCUGCAAAAACAUCAGCGUUUGGGGGAACACCUGGCGCCAGGCUGUGUACCUGGUGUGCAACUAUGCCAUCAAGGGCAACUGGAUCGGGGAAGCUCCAUACAAGAUGGGGGAACCCUGCUCAGCCUGUCCCCCCAGUUAUGGCGGCAGCUGCAACAACAACAUGUGUUUUGCUGGACUCCGAUCCAACCGACUUAUCUGGUUCUAA